GCAGCCGCCUGCCGCCGAGCGCCGGGCGCCGCUGCUCGCGCGGACGCGCUUUGGGCCGGGGAGCUGCGGCCGCCGCCAGCAGUGUUCAUGUUUGGGAUCCAGGAGAAUAUUCCGCGCGGGGGGACCACCAUGAAGGAGGAGCCGCUGGGCAGCGGCAUGAACCCCGUGCGCUCCUGGAUGCACACGGCGGGGGUGGUGGACGCCAACACGGCCGCGCAGAGCGGCGUGGGGCUGGCGCGGGCGCACUUCGAGAAGCAGCCGCCGUCCAACCUCCGGAAAUCCAAUUUCUUCCACUUCGUGCUGGCGUUGUACGACCGGCAGGGCCAGCCGGUGGAGAUCGAACGGACCGCUUUUGUGGACUUUGUGGAGAAAGAGAAAGAGCCCAACAACGAGAAGACCAACAACGGUAUCCACUACAAACUCCAGCUGUUGUACAGCAACGGAGUCAGGACGGAGCAGGAUCUGUAUGUCCGACUCAUAGACUCAAUGACCAAACAGGCCAUCGUGUACGAGGGCCAGGACAAGAACCCCGAGAUGUGCCGCGUGCUGUUGACCCACGAAAUCAUGUGCAGUCGGUGCUGUGACAAGAAAAGUUGUGGCAACCGCAACGAGACGCCGUCGGACCCGGUGAUCAUCGACAGAUUCUUUCUAAAGUUUUUCCUCAAGUGCAACCAGAACUGUUUGAAGAAUGCAGGAAACCCCCGAGAUAUGCGGAGGUUCCAGGUGGUCGUGUCCACUACAGUCAACGUGGACGGCCACGUGCUGGCUGUGUCUGACAACAUGUUCGUGCACAACAACUCGAAGCACGGGCGGCGGGCGCGCCGCCUCGACCCGUCAGAAGCCACGCCCUGCAUCAAGGCCAUCAGCCCCAGCGAGGGCUGGACCACGGGGGGCGCCACCGUGAUCAUCAUCGGUGACAACUUCUUCGAUGGGCUUCAGGUCGUGUUUGGGACCAUGUUGGUGUGGAGUGAGCUCAUCACACCCCAUGCCAUUCGCGUCCAGACGCCUCCACGGCACAUCCCUGGAGUGGUGGAGGUGACCCUGUCCUACAAAUCCAAGCAGUUCUGCAAAGGUGCUCCCGGCCGCUUCGUGUACACUGCCCUCAACGAACCCACCAUAGAUUACGGCUUCCAAAGGUUACAGAAGGUGAUUCCAAGACACCCCGGGGACCCAGAAAGGUUACCCAAGGAAGUGCUGCUGAAGCGGGCGGCGGACCUUGUGGAAGCCUUGUACGGGAUGCCCCACAACAACCAGGAGAUCAUCCUCAAGCGGGCGGCCGACAUCGCCGAGGCAUUGUACAGUGUCCCCCGGAACCACAACCAGAUACCCACGCUGGGCAAUACCCCCGCGCACACAGGCAUGAUGGGUGUCAACUCGUUCAGCAGCCAACUUGCCGUCAACGUGUCCGAGACGUCCCAAGCCAAUGACCAAGUCGGCUACAGUCGUAACACAAGCAGCGUGUCCCCGCGAGGAUACGCGCCCAGCAGCACACCCCAGCAGUCCAAUUACAACACAGUCAGCACUAGCAUGAACGGAUAUGGAAGUGGCGCCAUGGCCAAUCUAGGGGUCCCGGGCUCGCCUGGAUUCCUCAAUGGCUCCUCUGCUAACUCUCCCUACGGCAUAGUACCGUCCAGCCCCACCAUGGCAGCCUCUUCGGUCACUCUCCCUUCAAACUGUAGCAGUGCGCACGGCAUUUUCUCAUUCUCACCUGCCAAUGUCAUCUCCGCAGUGAAACAAAAGAGCGCCUUCGCGCCCGUGGUCCGGCCUCAAGCCUCCCCUCCUCCUUCCUGCACCAGCGCUAAUGGGAACGGACUCCAAGGCUCUCUGCCGGGUGCCGAGGACGUUACCGUGGAGAAGACAAACUGGCCUUUUUGUGAAGUCGGUGGCAUAUUUCACUUUGAUGAACUAAUGCUCAAAAAAGGAACUGGAAAGCUAUGUCUGGGCUGGUAGUCCCGCCGAUGUGAGGCACCAGGAGCAGCUGCCACAGCACCCAGCACCCAGCACCCAAGGACGGCUCCUGGGGACAUGCUCCUGUCUCUUGUGACUUGCCAACAGAGGCAGCCAGCUGCGACUGUCCUGGAGACUUUGCUCAAAGAUUUUAUGAAAACAAUCAAGAGUCAACCUGCAGACAGCUGACUUCUUCACGAACAAUUCCAUUUUCUUGACUGAACUUUUCUCACAGGCUCACGUUUCUCUGCCCCAAAGGACCAGGAGGACACAGCGAUGCCGACUUUGUAUCCAGGCCCAGCCUUGCCAUGAUUAGGGCUGGCUGGUCUUUGCUCUGUGUGGGGAGAAACUCGGUGAAUGCACAUUUGGAUGAUCAUGAAAACACUGAGGGGAAAGCCUCCAAACAUUGUUUUUUAUUUUUAUUUUAUUUUGUUUUGUAUUUUUGGUUUUGUUUUUAUUUUAUUUUAUUUUUUUUUCCUCUGUGCUCACCCUUAGAUUCACAUGGUUGUGUAUCUCUAUAAUGUGAAUUUUUUUUUUUUUUUUUUUGUGGUGGAAAGGGGGCCAGGAGCUCUGAACCAUGAGACGGGAGGAAGGGUGCCGAUCUGGUUAAGAGAGUUUGGGGACACAGGGAGGGGGGAGGGUUGGCCAUUGCUUAACUUCAUCUUAAGGAAAUGAACCUUUGUAACUUAUUGUAGUUAGAGACGUAACUUUGAUAUUGAAUUCUCUUGCCUUCAACAAGCACACUGACAGAGAAAAAAAAAAACAAACAAAAAUCCUAUUGUCUGUUGGUCAAAAUAGGCUCCACCGCUGCGCUUCCUGUUAAGCAAGUGUGGUCUGCACCAUUUUUUCCCACUUUUGCUAGCACUGUAAACUAUUGCAUUCUUAGGCUACUGUGAGGUCCAUGUUCCUUGUACCAGAAAAUUGUCCUUUUGACUUCUAGAACCUUCUUCCCUAAUGUGUUUUGUAUGUGGUUAUAAAAUUGUAGACUUUUGUGAUUUUGCCAAAGUUGUAGCUAACUAUUUAUACACUUGUCUUGAAUUUUUUUCAGAUCCACUUAACUACUUAGAAAACACACCCCAUCCGACUUUUAUUCCUUAUGGAUCUUUAUAAGGAAUAGAAUGGUCUCCAUUCAACACUCCUUUCACGAACACUUGCAGUUGCUAAGGGACUUUAUUUUGUAACAUACGGAUUAUAAAUAUUGUAUUUACCUUGGAGAUUUUUGUACAUUGCUUUUCUUGCCGCUUUCUCUUCUUUGUCCGUGCUGGUUUGGAUCAUGGCUUGUGUUGUGAAGCCAGAGCGUCUUCUCAUGUGCUUCUUAACGAUGAACUCGUGUCUUCGUGUUUCGUUGGUACUUUUGGAGACUUUAUUGUUUAGAUUUUCCAUCUUCUCUAUCUCUCUCUUUCUCUCCUUUUUUUAAUUUUGAGAAAAAGUCAAAUGCAUUGUUUAUUUUUAUAUUAUUUUUAAGUUAUCUGAACAAAUAAUUUUGAGAAAAAAUAAAAAGUUGGUUGUAUAGUCAAAGCGCGGCGGCGAUCUGGUCGCCCUGCUGAGUCGCGCCGUGCAUGUGAGGCCGCUUGGGGCCAACACAGUGGGGCCCAGGCCUUGUCUCUCAUCUCUCUCUCUUCUUCUUCUAUUUUUUUUUUAUUUUUUGGGGUAGGAUGUAAAAAAAAAGUCAUUUUAGCUGCCACCACCCAUGACUUUGCCACAUAGCUGAACUGUGUUUACUGGAAAAAUUCAGAGGCCUAAAAGUUUAAAAUAAAAUUUACUUCCGAUGUUUUAAUUAAAGCGUUUGCCACAUGAACUUCUCUGAUGCCUUAAAAGUGGACUUUAAAACCUCUGUGCUAUUUGAUCACAGGUUCACACCACAUGUGUGAAUCGAGAUUCCAUUUGGAGAUUUUUUCGGUGUAACACACACAAACAGACACACAAACACACACAAAGCACAAACCUGGUAUUGCCUGGUCACUCCUGCCCGCCUUUGCUGCAAUGAGGUGUUGGGGCACCCCAGGUAUUGCCUGUUGGUCAAACGUUCCCAGCAGUCUGUUCUGUGUGGUCUGGCCCAGCACCACUGUCCUUUCUGACCUGGAGUGACCACCGCCUCGUUCGUCCUGCGUCUGCUCCGUGCCAAGCUGCAGCGUGAUCUGGGGCUCAGGCCCCCUCGCUGUGGUCCAACUUUGCAGACACAGUGGGCGUUUGGCAAACUGCAGCAGAAACUCAAUUGGAGACCCAGUGAAGGGACUUCCCACAACCUGGACUCAAAACCAAACAACACCCAACUCAGAAAAGGGACUGAAUCAGAUCAACUGCGGCCGGCCAGACUCAGCUACUUGGAAAAGCAGGAGAAGUCACUUUGGAAAUCAAUUGCCUCCGUUUUUCUUUCGUUCGAGUCGGGGUUUGCUCGGAGACAAGCCCUCAGCUCCCAUGUUCCUGUGUGAUGUCUGCAGCCUCCUCCUCCCUGCACUCGUCUGUGUUCUAGAUUAGUGGACGCCCCCCCGGCUUCAUUGUCUCAGAACUGAGCACUUCACUAAAUGGUAGAUUUUACUGUUAAAGACCCUACAAUAAGAUUGUUUUAUCUGUACAUUUUUUCAGAUAUUUAACUGUAUAAAAUGUUCAUUUUACACAAUAUUUAAUUAAAGUAUUUCUUGUCUGUGAA